AAAUCAAACUGAUUAUGAGAUUUGGUCUUCAUUUGAAUAUCAUGUCUAUACUUUUUGUUUUCUCGCUUCUUCUUCUCUUAGAAGUACCAAAGUCGUGCAUUGCUGAAGAAAAAAAGAUAAGUGGGAUCAUUUCAUGCUUGUUCAACAAUGGCCGGAAGGCUUUUGCGAUUACCAAAUUAUUUCUGGAAAACGAAAAUGUUAUUCAAUACCAGAUAAGUUUGUUAUUCAUGGACUGUGGCCUCAUAGAGAUGAUGGUAAACUUCCUAAAUGCAAAACUAAGACUCACCUUUACAGGAAAGAUAUAAAUCCGUUGGUACAAGCACUUCAUUCGGAUUGGCCAAAUUUAGUUGGCGAAGAUUUUAACUUUUGGAAAACGCAGUGGACAAAGCAUGGAGGAUGUUCAGAGGCAACGAUCCCAAAAGCGGAAUAUUUCAACCUGACUUUGCAUCUUUAUGAGCAAAAUAACUUAUUGAAUAUACUUGAAAAGGAGCAGAUAGUCCCAGAUGACAAAAAGCUUUAUAAUGUUAGUUCCGUUGUUGCUGCAGUUCACAACCACACUAGCCAUGAUCCUGAGCUUUCUUGUUAUCAUGAUCCAAAACUCAAUGUUACUGCUCUCUAUCAAAUUAGGAUUUGUUUGACAUCCAAUGGAACCUCACUCAUAAACUGUCCGAAAAUUGAUGUUACUUGUGGUGACGAGAGUUUAUUAUUUCCAAAAGAAAAAAAAGAAAAAUAUUUUUUUAAUAAUUAAAUUUUAACAAUUUUCUAUUAUAAUAUGAGAUGACAUCUUCUGAGUGAUUUUUCAUUAUAUUAUUUUUCUACAUUUCAAAAUUACUUAGAAGAUGUCAUCUUCAAUAUGUAGAAAAUUGUCAAAAUUUAGUUGUAAAAAAAUAUCGUUAUCCUUCCCAAAAUAAGUUUAUGCACCAAUAAUGUUUAAUAUAUAAAAUACAAGUAUUCCUCUUCCUUGCAAUUUCCUUCGUGUAAUGUCAU